AUGGAUGAGUCCUUUUUCCUGAUUAACAUACAGACAUUGUGUGAGACAGAGGAGGGGGACUUCUUACCUUGUGAAAUAGCUUGUCUGGAGUUCAGUCUGGCUAAAGGAAUUAUCAAAACAUUUCAUAAAUUUAUAGAUCCAGGUGAACUGACUCAUCAGAUUCCAGAUGAAAACUUUGAUAAGGUCCACAUCCACUACAGUUGGAUGUGGACACAGUUGAAGAACUUUGUGAAGCCCAACAGAGAGAAAGAUGUGUACCCUCCUGUAUACUGCAGGCCAUCAGUAUACCGGGAAACAAAGAAAUGUUUGGAGUGGCUACACUUCAUGGCCAUGGACCGAGGCACGUGUAAGCUGGGGAGAGUACUGAACCUGGAAGGGUUACUGAUGGACCUCUACAAUCACAUCGGCCAAACCAUAAGCCACUCAGAAGUUGUCAACAUUCUCGGAACAACCAGCUACGAUUUCACCCCAAAUCACUUGUGUGAGUAUCAUGAAGGGUUGGAGUGUAAGUACUGCUCGCUGGGCAUCAUUCGCAGAUAUGCGUUUGUCAUGUUCGAUGAGUUGUAUGAGGUGUAUCCAUUUGAGCUGACCCCACAGCACCUACCUGAGCGCCCAGAAGGGGACCUUGAGGUCACAGUUAUCCCCCCUCCCAAGGAAUCCAUCUUCCCAGGUCCCUCAGUGAACAGGGGUCAGAUGAGCUACAGUGAACUGGCUCGUAAGGGAGGUAACCAAGACAGAGGUGAUGGCAUGUUUACCUCACGAGAUUACAGAUACACUCGGCAGUUCGAGACAAGUGAUUCUGAUGAAGAGAGACACGAAAGAAAGGACGCCACAUCAUUGAGAUUACCCAAGGCACCAGGUGGUAACAAUUAG